GUUCCCGAGUUCAGUAUCCUGGGCUGGUGCGCGCGGAGCUAGGAUGGGGCGGCUGGGCGGGACGGAGCCUCGGGGUGCAGAUUAAGUGAUCCACAGAAAAGGGAGCACAUUUCUCAUUACUGUGAAAGAAGAUUGGUGCAUGGGUGUAGUACUGAAGUUCAGCCAUGGCUCACUUGAGGGAAUUUGCCAAUCAGCACUCUCGAGUUGAUCCAGAGGAAUUGUUCACCAAGCUGGAGAGGAUAGGUAAAGGGUCAUUCGGGGAGGUGUACAAAGGAAUUGACAACCGUACCAAGGAGGUGGUAGCUAUCAAGAUCAUUGACCUUGAAGAGGCGGAGGAUGAGAUUGAAGACAUUCAGCAGGAGAUAACAGUACUCAGUCAGUGUGACAGUCCCUACAUCACCCGUUACUAUGGCUCCUACUUGAAGGGCACCAAACUGUGGAUAAUCAUGGAGUACUUGGGAGGUGGCUCAGCACUGGAUCUACUCAAGCCUGGCCCCUUGGAGGAGACCUACAUUGCUACCAUCCUGCGAGAAAUUCUAAAGGGUUUGGACUACCUUCACUGUGAGAGAAAAAUUCACAGAGACAUCAAAGCUGCCAACGUACUACUUUCGGAGCAAGGGGAUGUGAAACUAGCUGACUUUGGCGUGGCUGGCCAACUGACAGACACUCAGAUCAAGAGGAACACCUUUGUUGGGACUCCAUUUUGGAUGGCACCCGAAGUCAUCAAGCAGUCAGCCUAUGACUUCAAGGCAGACAUUUGGUCCCUUGGCAUUACUGCUAUUGAACUGGCAAAGGGAGAGCCUCCGAAUUCUGAUUUGCAUCCAAUGAGAGUUCUCUUCCUGAUUCCCAAAAACAACCCUCCGACGCUGGAGGGACACCACAGUAAGCCCUUUAAGGAAUUCGUGGAAGCCUGCCUUAACAAGGACCCCAGAUUUAGGCCCACUGCAAAGGAAUUGCUAAAGCACAAAUUUAUCACGCGUUACACCAAGAAAACGUCAUUUCUCAUGGAGCUCAUCGACCGGUACAAACGCUGGAAGUCAGAAGGGCACGGCGAGGAUUCCAGCUCGGACGACUCAGACAUUGAUGGAGACGCAGAUGAGCGAGAUCAGGGACCCAUCUGGACUUUCCCACCAACCAUUCGCCCCAAUUCCUUGAACAAGCUGCACAAAGGGAUGCCUCAUCAUGGGUCCCAGAAGCCUGUUGAACCCAUCAAGAGGCAGCCACGGUCACAAUGUCUCUCUACUCUCGUACGUCCUGUGUUUGGAGAGCUCAAAGACAAGCACAAGCAGACUGGAGGCAACGUAGGAGCCAUGGAGGAACUGGAGAAUGCUUUUAGCUUAGCUGAGGAGUCUUGUCCAGGAAUCUCUGAUAAACUGAUCGCACACAUGGUGGAGCGAGUGCAAAGGUUCUCGCACAGCAGGAACCACCUGACUUCAGCACGCUGAGGAGUUUGCUCUUGAUUACUCAAAAAGAGGGUGACUCCCCUCCCCCCCCAGCUCCAUAUGAACUGCAUCGUGAAUCCAUCACCAUCUGCUGUUGGAUGUUAACAUUGUGCUAUGGAUUCCCAGACAUUUCAGAGCCUUUGUGUGUGUGUUUCAUGACCACCUAGGUUGGGAUUUGCAAUACAAAUGAUCAUGGACUGCUUUGCAGAGCCCUAGGAGGGUAAUUUCUACCGUGUAUUUCAUGGAGGUUUUUAAUCAUAUCCAAUUUUUCUCAGGUCAGACCUUGUUUCAAAGCAAAAUCCUGACUGCUGGAAAAAUGGAAAUCCUUAGGCAAAAACAUUCCAAAAGGGAAGUGGGGACCGGGGCAGCUCCCUGCUCUGACUAGGGACGAAGUAUAUGUGAGCAUAUACUUGGAUCAGCAAGGAGCGGCCACCCAGUGAGAUGGGCAUAUAUGCUGGUGCUACUCGAGGGUUUUGUUUCAAGUUUCUCCUCAGCUAAUAGAACAAGAAGAUUGAGGCUAGCAGUUGCUGAGAAAAGUGAAGCUUGCCUCCUCUUUCUCCUGUCUGUCUACUUGCCCCCUUUUUUGAGGUAGGUUUUGACUGCUGCUGCAUUCUGUUGACAUUGGCUAGAGCUUGGUGUGAAUGUGCUCCUACUCUGCUUAGUAUCUUGAGUACGAACACACUCAUACCAAGGCUCAAAUAUUUUGGCAGAGUAUUAUGCACUUGUUAAAAAGGGAAGCUAAAUGCUUAAUUACUCCUGCAGCUUAGAGAAGGGGCAGGGGUCUAACUAAAGUCUUCAAACGUUGUAGAGAUUAAGUGAUAUUUGGCUUCCAAUUAAUCUGAAAUAUGUGUGGUGCCAACAGCUGGAGAAAGUCAUAGCUGACAUUCUCAAAACAUAGCCCAUGUUUCUCUCUCAAUUCUUCACCCCAUUUUAGACUUUUACUCAUGUCCAAAUUGCUAAUGGGCAUGAUCUCUGAUUCUGGCUGAGAAGUACCCUAUCAUACCUUAAUCAUCUGAGAUUCCAACUAGUUCUUCCUCUGGAGCAGCGACAAGCUGAAAGAAAUCAUUUGGAAGUGUCAUUUCCUAAAUGUGUAGACUCAGUCAGUGGUAUGGAUGCCUUCCUUUGAGAAAGACAUCUUCCAAGCUGCGUCUGCUGCUUCUCAAUAUUGCUUAUGGAUAGCUGAGUAGAGAACAUGGGGAGGAAGAUGAAGAAUCCAUUUACCUUUACUGUUAUCCUCCAGGACUGCUUACAAAGCAGAUGGGAACAUUGAACAAAGGGAAAACAGGAAGCUGCUACUUUGUGCUAUUUAUAAAAGGUACCUUGCAUUAGCUCACACAAUGUCACCCGAAAGCUCUUAAACGUGUCUCCAGUAUUCAAAGCAACAAUGUCUUGGUUUUCAAAUGAGCAAUGAGAGGGAUCUGCCACUUCCAAUAAAAUUAACUUGUCAAGUAAAA